CAGGCUGGAGAAGCCGCAAAUCCUUAUUUGCAAAAAAUAGCAGGUACGAAUAUCAUAUGCUGCCCCAGGUUGCUCGGGCUAUCGUAUUGCUAUGAUUCCCAAGCGCCCCGCAGUGCCUGACUCCACUCGAGUACCGGUACGUAAAUUAGCACUGUCCGAGGAGAGUGCCCAAAAGAAAAACCGAGUCUAUCAGCAGGACUUAUGACGGAUGUGGCUUUGCUGCCCAGAAAAAAGCUGAGCGUGACUAGCGGGGUUUCUCGCUUAGCACUUUAACUGGCUGGACCUGGUUGAGGUACCGGUAAGAGCUACUUGUACUGUACUCGAGUACUCGCACUGAUUAGGAAGUCUCCGUGAGCCCGCUCCUAGAAAAGCAAAAUCAAACUUGGUUCUGGGAUCUCGGGAUGGUCACCAGCUCUGCCUUUACGCACUCGGUGUCGUGUCCCCCACUGCUGGGGAGCUCGUCAUAUAAAGAGCUGCUCUUCCCUAGUGAUGGAUAGAUACAUCAGUAUCGCAGAAGCAGAGUGCACAGGUAUAUUCGUCACGUCAAAAUACCCUACCCGCUUCAUCCAGCGAACUCCAGUUAGCCCAGUCAUGGUAUGCCGUCUCCGCUCUCUCGUCCAUGAUCCCCUUCACUAAUGGCCAAGGAUAGUCCCCACAGAACCUAAGCUUGGCUCGACGCCUAUCUCGGUUCCUCACUCCUAAUACGCCAAAAUCCGCUUCCCCUUCAAGACUAUCGGCAGAAAAAGCGUACUGCUACGUUCCCUCAAACGCUGCCGCAUCCUUCCUAGCCUCCACCACGCCCGUUACACUCGAGGAAAGGUAUCACCAAAAACUCACUGCCGGCACCCCUCGUGCGGCGCCAGUUAAAACCCUGUCCGAAAGGUCCGAAGAGAUGAGGCGUUUUGGGCGCUCCAGAUCGGGUGCGAUAACCAUCGGCUUCACCACCGCCGCUUGACGGAUAGUGAGAUAGGGUAGGAAAACGAAGACCGCUUUAUUCGACUCAUCUUUUGCUUCCCUUUGUAAAUGGAUGGGAGUUUGCGGGGCGGGGACAGCGCGGAUUCGGCAGGCGUUCAAUUUGGUUUUUCAUCUUUCUCUCUCCCAACUCUUCCUUCAUGUACAGAUCAAUGCAAACGAAUUAAGCAAGGAUCACCUUGAAUAGGGGGGCGCCAGGGCCCUCUCGUUAGACUCCAUAUUUGUGCUUCGGGAAUCGAGCGGUAUCAGGUGCACGGUUACCCACGGGGAAAUGCAUACGUAUCGUGCGGACACAUGCCCCAUGUGUAGUUGCAUACUCUUGCUGUACACACCCGACGAGCAGCAUCAAAAACAAGGCUUCAUCCAACGGACUCUCAGUGACGCAGUGCACCCACACACAGUCGAACCCAGCUUGGAGCCCACAUGCACGCUCGGUGGGUGUCAUUGGCAUUGAUGGACCGG